GCAGAAUGCAGAGCUGUGUGGAGAUAUCAUGCCUUUUGAUGAGCAGCUAAGGACCACACUGCACUGCGAUGACAAGGAAAAGCUUCGUAGGAAGUUGGAGCUGCUACAAAGGGAGUACCUCAAGACAGCUGAGAGACUACAGGUAAGAGUCUUUUUCUUUUCUUCUAUAAGCCCCGUCUAGAAAUGAUCUUUCUCGCACUCGUAUUUUAUCUGCUCACAGCGUGCUGAGCAUUUUGACGCAGUGCGCAAACAUGUGAGGAGGAGAAUCAGUCAGCAGAACCAGAGAGACCAAGAUGUGACAUCUAACCCCCGUGUCAGCCCAUCUCCGUUGAUACUGCACGCCACCAAUGGGGCAGCCACAAGUGAAGCUCAGUGCGAGGGGCUCACUGGAGGUCCGGUGGAUUCUGACAUCUCCAGGAAAAGCCAGGUGAUCAGGUUCCUGCUCCCUUCUGAAGACCCUUGCACUGAAACCCUGAUUCCCAGCCAUGGCGCAGCUCGAGGUCACAGAUCGAGCCCCACUCUGCGCCUCAGGUCUCGACGCAGCCGCUUGCGGUGGGAGAGGAGGAGCGCUGAGGCUGGCAGGAGCACAGACGACAACAGUGAGGAAGGACAGGAGCACAGUGAAAGGAUGGAGAUUGGAGGUGAAGGGAGAGACCAAUCAGAGGGAACACAGGUUGUGAAUGAAAGUGAAGAGUUCAUUUCUGGUACAGACUCCGAGUCUCCGUCUCUGCUGCUGACACACUGGAACACUUGUGGGCAAAAUGAAACAGGAGAUAUUGAGGGAAGCCAAAUACAAGGACAACAAGAGCAAAGGGAAAAUGAGACCGAGUUAAGAUCAGAAGGGGAAAAAAAAUCCAAGUCAACUUCUUUGGUGCUUAGGUAUUGGGACCCUGCAGACAGGGAACUGAAGGGCACUCAAAAUGGAAACAGAAAGGAGGGAGAAGAAGACGUUGAGAACUGUACAGAGCAGAGGCUGUGUGGAAACAGCAGUGAUAAAGACAAUGAACAAAAUUCAGCAGAGGAAACAGAAAAGGAAAAACGUCCUGAAAAUCCAGCUGAAUUAAAAAAAGAUAAAAGUGAGAUGGUUGGAUUUGGCAAUGAUGUGAAGGCCGUGAGUCUCCUGGACUCCUGUACGCUCGUGGAAGGACUCAUUUUCCCCGCAGAGUAUUACGUCCGGACCACAAGGCGUAUGUCAUCAUCCCAGAGCCAGCCGAACAUGCAGGCUAUCAUUCUCUCCCAGCUGAGCCCUGGGCGGCGUUGCAGCCGCCGGGGCCGCGGUAGAAGAUCCAACAGGCACACACAAAAUUCUGAACGUUCAGAUCAACACACCAAUAUAAGUUUAUCUCCACCGACCACUGCGUCUGUAGCUCCUUACCUGGACUCACAGCCCGCUGAGCAGAACACUCAGAGCUCCAGCGAGCUUUCAGAUCGAUUCUCAGGUUGUCAGAUCGACAUGGGUGUUUGUUUUUCUCCUAUUGUCCCCACUGCUCGUCCAGCAAGAGGGAGGAGGAAGAAGAGAGGUAGAGGAAGAGGGAGGCCUCAAACCCCACGAUGCUCUCUAAGUUUAGACUCCAAUCAGGUAGUUCUUUCACAAAAAACCUCAGAGGAUCCCCCGCCAAAAAGCUCCCCGGUCAAUACCUCCCCGCCUCUUCAUGGAGCUGCUGGACCAAAGCCCUUCAUCUCUACAGUGCCGGAUGUCCCACAGCCUGCGUGCACAAACAGCACAGACACACCGCCUCCUCCUGGAGUUAUUGCUGCUCAGUCUGCCUCUGGACCUCUGGGGAAGGUCUUUCCCAUCUUUCACAAGAGCGGUGAAAAGAGUAACAGAUCCACACCGAUCAGUAGAGACGCAGCGAGCUGGCAGUCCCUCCUCCUGCCCUCCUCUCCACUGGCCCAAACCUCUCUGCUUCCUCUCCCCUCUCUCUCUAACGGCUCGCUGUUCAACAACCUGAUGAACUUUGACAUUAUCCAGGACUUCCAUCUCCCUGAUGAGCAGUUUGCUCUCCUUAAGCUGCACAAGCUACGCCAAGUCUCCGUGGCUUCAGGAGUCGAACCUUUGUCAACGCCGUCUUACAUCACGCGCAGAAGCAGCCGCCGUUUUGUCGGCAGUGACGCAGAGAGGCUCCUUCCACUACCGCUCAGCCUCACACCCACCAUCACAAACUCCCCCCUUACCACUGAAGCUGCUUCACAUUCUGACCUGCAAAAUGUGUCGAUGAAAUACAGCCGGUCCGUAACGGAAGAUCCUGGACGAGUUAUUAAGGAAACCCUCGGAGAGCAGCAGACUGGAAACCUUCAGAUAGAGAGUCAGACUAAAUCCCCCCGAACCGGAUCUGUGCCAGUGGUUCAAGAUGUUGGCGUCGAUCAAUAUCAAGAGAGGAUGAUUCUGAAUGCUGACCACACUGUCGAACCACAGCCUCACAUCAACUUAGCAGACAUCCCUGCAGGAAGGGCAAAUAAUUAUGACCAUGAACUUCCGAUUAAAGAGUCUCUCAUUUUAUCAGAGGAACAAACAGUUAGUCACGCUGUUAUCCAUCCUUUGGAGGAACAUGUGUCCACAAACAACCAAACAGAUACCAUCAGGACUCUUUCCUUUGAUAGCUCUCUACAGGAAACCCCAGAGGAGCCUCCUGAAAGCCGCUGUGCUGAUCAGUUAUGUAAUAUCAGCAAAGCUUCACCCUUGCAGAUUCUGCAUGAGAAAUCUCCCGCUUUAGACUCAAGGGAACCCCCUGCACGGCCUGCAAGACGCACGCCUGGAGACAGACCGCAGCCCCACAGCUCUCAGCUCCUGUUGAGCCCCGCUCUGGCUUCAGCACCCUUCAUAACCCAGCACCCGCCCCCUGCCUCUGCUCUCCUCUCCAGCCCCACUCUGCCAUCACUAGGACUCACCCCCCAUCUCCUACCCUCCUGUCCCUCUGCCCCACCUCUCACCCUGCCUCCCCCUCACAGCCCGUCCACCCAGGCCCUGUCCCCUCCAGCUCUCUCUCAGUGUCGAUCCCAGAUCCGGGCUUCAUCUGAGCCGCCACGUACAGACGGCCAAUCCCAGAGGAUUGAAGCUCCGCCCUGCAGGACCGUUCCCGGCAUCCUGUCCCAGGGUGGGAAGGGGGAGACAGCAGAGGAACACAUGAUGAGAUGCACACACACACUUAAGGCCCCAGCAGGAGGCUGUCUGGUGGAUGCUUGCCUCCUGCGUGGAUCCUCGGGGGGUUUGUGUGUCGCAGCAGCAGGAAAGUGGGCCUUGUGUCUCUGGAGUCAGUCUCAAGCUUCCGACUGGAGCCUCACACACACCUGGGCCUUCAAUGAGCCAGUGAUCGAUGUGUUUCCUGUCCCGGAUGCUGCAGGGCUGAUGUGUGUGACUCUGGGUCAGUUAGAAAUCCGAGAAAUUAGGAUGCUGUCGUGCCGCAGCCUCUCCCAGCUGCUGCUCUGUGACAGCGUUGUUCAGGCGGUUGUGUGUGUGUCCGGGUCCAGAGUGGUGACCUCCUCCCACUCAGCGUCCGGCUCCAGCCUGCAGGUGUUCACGCUCUCAGACAGCGGCAGCUCUUUCAGCACACCGGCCCCUCAGCUUCUGGUGUCUCCUGGUGUUUGUGUCGGGGCCCUCGCUGCGGUGGACGGACUUUCAGACGCUCUGGUCGGCUCUGAUGAAAGCGGCCACCUCUUCGUCUGGAACUUACAGACGGGUCAGCUGCUGCAGAGAAUCAUCCUGGAAGAAGAUUUAUCCCACAUGGCCUGUCUCAGAGGAUACUCCUACUGUGGAGUGUUGUUUGUCCUGCUGCAGCAUCAGCUGCUCAGCUCUCUGGAGGAAGAAGUCAAAGAGAGGGAAGAUGAGAGUAGGAACAUGGCUCUGUUCUCCUUGGUCGCCAUUAACCCUCUGAGUGGGAAAUCUGCCCUCGCUACUCGACUGUAUCCGCCCAAAGCCUGGUCCGGCAGGCUGUGUGAAGCCGACGUCAGCAGCUCCAGCGUGGUGGGCCUUAGUCAGAGCGGCUGUGUGUGUGUGUGGGAGCUCGGGCCCCGGGGGGCACCGAGGAUGGUGUCGGCCCCUGAGAGUGAGGGCUGGCAGCUGGCUCGAUGGGGGGGAGAGGGAACGCUGGUGACUGGACAUCACAACGGAGACGUCACCCUGCACUACAGUCAGACAUCUCUCUGAAACCAAGGAGACGAUCGGAAGAGCUGAUCCCUUUUAUCAAAAUAACAAUGUCCAGCCAUCGCCGUACGAAUGUUUACAUGAAGAUUUUAACCUUUUAAAAUACUUACAUUUCACAUUUGGUUCCGUGGCUUUUCGUAAAGGGGCCCUGUAUUUGUAUUUUGUGACAUGUUUGCAUGCUGUUAAAUGCACAAAAACCUACACAACAUGCUACAGGGAAGGGAAACCCUCAGAAGCGUAAAGGUUCCCCUAAAGUCAUUCCUGCUAAGAUACUGUAAAGUGAACACAUUGGACUGCUGCUAUUCAGACAACAAGAACCGUAACAAGACUGAAUUAUUAAGGUAAAAGUAUUUCCUAUUGGUUUUCCUUCAGCGUCUCUACACUGUUUUUAGAUCCGCAGUAUCACACACUGAACCUGUCUGUGGGAAAGUUGACUUCAUGGUUGAUUUCCACUUCAUAGACCACUGUAACCCUAAAGCCAUCUUUGUGUUUUUUGCUGCUGCUGUUAUGACUGUUCCUUGCUGUUGUUACUUGAAUAUAUUGGUAUAUGUAAAAAAAGAAAAGAAGUGUUGCCAAAGUUUGUUCUUAUCAUGUGCAUUAAACCUUAAGUAUGUUGUA